AUGUGUCGUCUCCGUCGACUGCUUCUUUUCUCCGUCCUCCUGCAGCAGUACUGUUCUUUGCCAUGGUGCAAGUACGCUGUCAACCUCACCAAGACCGGUGUCCCGACUGAAGGUUCCGCCUAGCUUGUGACACGAAACAAGAUCUUCUUAGAGACCACGAAUCAAGUCAUUGGAAAAAUUAAUGCCGCCGUGCGAAAUAAAGUCAUAAUUUCACGGUUUUUGAAACUGCUCAACUUCUGAGAAAAGAAAAGCAGAAAGUAGUUCAUGUUAGAUAAAAAAUGAUGAACUUCUUGGGUUUCUUGAGCUGAAAUUUUGUUAAUCAUAUUUCGAAAAAAUUUCAUCUUUUUUUUGAGAGAAAGAUACUUUGGCUAAUCCCAAGGUCCAAAAUGGUACCGGGACUGUAAUAGUAUUGUUUUGAAAGCGCUCUUUUCGCAAAUGGUUUCGCUGAAGAAACAGACUACUCGGCCCUUUGUAUUCGGAAAAAGCUUUCGAGGAAAAAAAUAGGACGUUCAAAAAAUUGAAGAUGAGGACUGCAUCUACUAUUACUUGCUAACGCGGGAACAAGCAAAGAUUGGUCAAAAAGACGCUCUGACGGCUUUCCCACCACCUGGAAAAGAAAUUGCAAUAACGGUAAGGAUAAUAACAAUGAAAGAUGAACCUUAAUAGAAACUAAAGGUCAUUGAGCGAUGCUAACCUGAUUACAUUUGAGAUAGAGAACGUCGUCAUCCGCUACGUUCAGCUUUCCGGCUCCUCCAACUAUCAAUUCGAUAUCCUGGGAGACAUUUUCUUUGUGAUUCGUUAUGAGUUACGGCACUAGAAAAGACUUCUUCAGAACUGGCACGACGAUCGUCUCAAAUGGGACUCAUCGGAGGAAGAUGGCGAGGAGAAGAAUGAAUGGCACAACGUCGAGCACUUCUAUCUCUUCAACUCCCAGGGAAUCUGGUCGCCUCACCUAAUCGACCACACGUCAGUUCUUGAGUCAUCUUCAGUAAUCGCCUUCAAAUGCAGACUUUGCAUGAAUCAAGAGUCGUGUCAGUAUUCGCUUGAUGACGUCGACGUGACUUCAUCUGGUCUGGUAUAUGCGCGUUUGCAGUUCCGUUAUUCUGCAAGUUGCGCUGUCGACUAUAAAAAGUAAGACUUUUUUGUGAUUGAAAUUCUGCAAAAGAAAAAAAAUGACUUCAUUCUUCUUUUACUGUGAGAAAUUAACCCAGAAUAUCUCAAGUAGCCAAAGAUACUUUUUUGAGUUAUAAAUUAUAAUUCAACAUCUUGUUAGUUGAAAAAAAAAUGCAGAUUCCCUGAGGAACACGACACGUGCUGUAUAUUCUUCACGGCUUUUGAACCAGCUCGGAAAGUGAAGUUCGAAGUGGAAGCCAGACAGAAAGAGGCGGUGGUGCGGCCGGUCUAUGCGCAGCGGAUGUACAAUCGGGAGAUGCGACUCGAGGCUCUCGUUCGAGAUCAUUCGCCUUGGGUGGUGACGGAACGCUCGGUGUCUGUGGCUCCGCUAGAGAUCGAGUCGCUGGAGGCUCUCCAAGUCUGCGUCGUCGCUCAGAAGCAGAUGAGCACCGUCAGGCUGGCACUCACUCUGCCGGUCACUCUCGCCACCUUCGUUAUGUUGGUCUGUCUUCUUUUUAUCUUCUCAUAUUUAGAAUGCCUGGAACCCCCCCUUACGAGAAGCUAAUUACAGUUGGUCUUCUAAUAAUUCUACAAACUUGCAGGCCUCGCCUUUGUUCGGCGACCUACGAAUGCAACUCUUCGUGAAGAUGUUCACUUUGCUGUUGCAGACCAUUUGCUUCCUGUACCUGUGCUCUAUUACGCCGCCCAACGGUUUUCUAGGGGUUCGACCGCGAAUCUGUAAUUACAAUUCUCCUCCCUAAGAAAAGUGUUCAUGCAGACCUCCUCUACGAAUUCAUUUUUACGAUGAGCUUCAUCAGCAUAAUGAUUACGCUGAUGUCGAUGGCGUUCAGCCGAGUGCGAAGAAAUGUGCCGCCGUCCCACCGCGUCUACCUCGUCGCCAAGCUGGUAGCUUCUUUGAGGACUUUUCUUCUCAUGGGAGUUUCCAUUUGAGAUCAACCGAGUGAUCUGCUGUAUUGAACCGGAGCGCGUCGACGCCUACCAGCGAUAUGUCGACGCGGAGACCGAGCAGAGGACCACUAGCGAAGUGGACUACACGCAGGACUGGCGACACAUCUAUCUGGCCAUCAACAACAUGUUUUCGGGAAUGACGUUUUCCUGCUUUCUCAUCAUCACCUUCUUUGAAUUUUUCUAA